AUGCGCAAAUCCAUUUUCCUCCUUGACCCGUUUCGAGCCUCAAUAAAGUUUGCGUUCUCGUGGUUUAUUUUGUUUCUUCUCGUUUUUGUUUCCAAGAGCCCCGCCUGUUCCUUGCACUUCCGGUUCAGUCGGUGUGUGGGGGGGUUGGCCCGUCUGGGAUGGUCCUGACGGCGACAGCGGCUGUCCUUGGCGUGGGAGCGGCGACUUGAUGGUCUUUCCAGUACUUAUAUUUUAGAUUGAAGCUAGCACUAAUGCUAACAUUGGCAAGCAAACUGAAACGGGAUGAUGGUGUCAAGGGCUCCCGUACUUCCAACUCCACUUCUGAUUCUACUAGAAGAGUGUCAAUUAGAGAUAAAUUGCUUGUUAAAGAAGUUGCAGAACUUGAAAUAAAUUUACCUUGUACAUGUGAAGUGAACUAUCCUGACCCAAAUAAACUCCAUUUCUUUCUUCUAAUUAUAAACCCAGAUGAAGGCUAUUAUCGAAAUGGAACAUUUCAGUUUGAAAUAGAGGUUCCUGAUGCCUAUAAUAUGGUUCCUCCAAAGGUAAAAUGUUUGACAAGAAUCUGGCAUCCAAAUAUAACUGAGACAGGGGAAAUCUGUUUGAGUUUAUUAAGAGAACAUUCUAUUGAUGGUACUGGCUGGGCUCCCACUAGAACCUUAAAGGAUGUUGUUUGGGGAUUAAACUCUUUAUUUACUGAUCUCUUGAAUUUUGAUGAUCCUUUAAAUAUUGAAGCUGCGGAACAUCAUUUACGUGACAAGGAGGACUUCCGAACUAAAGUUGAAGAUUACAUUAAGCGCUAUGCAAGAUGAUGAUGGGAGAUGGGUAGCAAGGCCAUGAACCGCACCUUGAUGUUUUCCUAAAACCACCACCACCAAAAAAGAGGGUUUUUUGUCUUGUGUUCAUGUUAUUUUGAUAAAGAAAACAAUCCUCUUUGUUAAAUGAAAAGAUUGUCCAUACAGCAAGAAAAUGAUCUAUGUUGGCUACAAAAAAUUGUUUAAUUUUCAACAGUCUCCUUUUGAAAUUGUACCAUAUAUUCAGAAGUGAGAUCUUGAUAGUAAAGAGAAAGCCCUGUUAAGAUCAUUUCUUCAUUUCAAAUUUUUCUUAAUAGCUAGUACGGAAUAUUUAAGUAUGGCAAUAAAUAAAUGUGGGCCAAAAUUGAAAUAACAUGUCAUGCAUUAUAUUGAGUGCAUAUGUUAGCUCUGCCUACUGUUGCUGUUAAAUUUGAAAUUGCUGAUACUGGUUCAUUUUUUAUCUACUGUGUUAAAUUUGCAUUUACUGUGCAAAGCACUUAUUGAAACCAAGGCUGAGUCUGAACACAUAUAAAUACAGUGUAUUUCUUUUGAAAAAUAACUAUUUAACAUGCAAAUGUAAUGAAAGGUAUAAUACUUUUAAAAUACCUUUAGUUUCUGGUGUGGAGAAUUGAUAGUUCAGAUUAUUAUAAUUUUAAUUUUCUGGUACCAAA